UCGGACACCCAGGUGGCGGUGCCCUGCCUGCCGCGGCAGUACUGGGAGACACUGGGGGCGCCCGAGGCCCCCCAUGAGCAGCCCUGGCCCUUGCCUGUGCUGGUGCAGCUGGGCAAGCGUUUGGCGGAGAUGCUGGUGGAGGUGGUGCGAAUGCCCGGCAGCCUGGCCGCCCCCCAGGGCUCCUGCUCGCUCAUACCGGUGCUCUACCACGUGUACUCCUUCCGCAGCUUCCGCCAGAUCGGGAUCCUGAAGCCACACCCGGCCUUCACGCAGCUGCUGGCGACCGCAGCGGAGCACACGCUGACCUUUGAGGCGGCCGAGGUGCCCAUGCUGUGCCCACCACUGCCCUGGACGUCACCGCACACGGGCGCCUUCCUGCUGAGUCCCACUAAGCUCGUGCGCUCCGUGGAGGGCACCACGCAGCACCAGCGCCUGCUGGACAGCUGCCCGCCCGCCGAGCUGCACGGCGCCCUGGACGCCCUCACCCAGCUGGGCAACUGCGCCUGGCGCGUCAACAGCCGCGUGCUGGACCUGGUGCUGGAGCUCUUCGCCGCCAAGGGCUGCCCCCGCCUGGGUGUGCCGGCCCCGCCCUCCGAGGCGCCCCGGCCGCCUGAGGGCCGCCUGCCGCCGGACGCCUCGCCUGCCCAGAAGGCCGAGCUGCGGCGGGAGCUGGCCCGCUGCCUCAAAGUGGCCCGGGAGAUGCACAGCCUGCGGUCGGACGCGCUAUACCGCCUCUCGCUGGCGCAGCACCUGCGUCACUGCGUCUUCUGGCUGCCCCACAACAUGGACUUCCGCGGCCGCACCUACCCCUGCCCGCCCCACUUCAACCACCUGGGCAGCGACCUGGCGCGCGCCCUGCUGGAGUUCGCCCAGGGCCGCCCGCUCGGCCCCCGCGGCCUCGACUGGCUCAAGAUCCACCUGGUCAACCUGACCGGGCUCAAGAAGCGGGAGCCGCUGCAGGCGCGCCUGGUUUUCGCCGACGAGGUGAUGGAGGACAUUCUGGACUCUGCCGACCGGCCCAUGACGGGCCGCAAGUGGUGGAUGGAGGUGGAGGAGCCCUGGCAGGCCCUGGCCUGCUGCAUGGAGAUCGCUCGGGCCGUGCGCGCUCCCGACCCCACUGCCUAUAUUUCUCACUUCCCGGUCCACCAGGACGGCUCCUGUAACGGGCUGCAGCACUAUGCCGCUCUCGGCCGCGACAGCAUCGGGGCCGCCUCCGUCAACCUGCUGCCCUCGGACGUGCCGCAGGACGUGUACAGCGGAGUGGCCGCGCAGGUGGAGGUGUUCCGCAGUCAGGACGCCAAGCGGGGCGUGCGGGUCGCUCAGGUGCUCGAGGGGUUCAUCAGCCGCAAGGUGGUGAAGCAGACGGUGAUGACUGUGGUGUACGGGGUCACCCGCUAUGGGGGCCGCCUGCAGAUCGAGAGGCGCCUGCGGGAGCUCAGCGACUUCCCCCAGGAGUUCGUGUGGGAGGCGUCUCACUACCUGGUGCGCCAGGUGUUCAACAGUCUCCAGGAGAUGUUCUCGGGCACGCGGGCCAUCCAGCACUGGCUGACUGAGAGUGCCCGGCUCAUUGCCCACGCGGGCUCAGCUGUGGAGUGGGUCACGCCCCUGGGCAUCCCCAUCAUCCAGCCCUACCACCGGGACUCCAAGGUCAUGAUCAGCGGCGGGAUCCAGAGCCUCACCUUCAGCCACAGUGGGGAUACCAGCCAGAGGCCCAACACACUGAAGCAGAAGAAUGGCUUCCCCCCCAACUUCAUCCACUCUCUGGACUCUUCACACAUGAUGCUCACAGCCCUGCACUGCUACAGGUGGGCCCCACGUCUGCAGCUUGCCUCGUGGGCCGGGCGUGCUCAGACUGUGUCCGUUAGCGAUCUGUGUGCACACCCUCUUCUGGGUGUUGGGGACACGGUGGGGACCCAGAGAGUGGGGAAGGCAGGUGGUGAGGCCGGGUCAGACAGGGUCAGGGGACCAGGACCGAGGCCUACAGGAGGCGAGGACCCUAGUCACAUGGGUCGUGGGACCCAGUGCCCAGAAAAGGACUACACGUCAGCAUACAUAAAGGCCCCGAGGCGGCGAGGUGUGUGUGAGGGGGAAGCAGCUGGCUGGGCCGGUGGGGAAGGUGUCACUGCUCGAGUGAGAAGUGCCUGUGGUUCCAUCCAAGGGAGUGCCGGCAGCACGCUGUUCUGACGGAUUCGUGGGCCUUGUAGGGGGAAGCGUCUGGGUUUCUGUUCUGAGCUCUGCAGAGGCACCCAAGCAUGGCCAUAGGGCAGGUGUGUGGAUAGUCGGGUUAGAAAGGAGCCAGCGUUCAGAGACAGGUUGCCAUUUGUGCCUGGCUCCUGCGGGUGGCACAGGACCCCUGGGACGGAGCCCUGCAGUGAUGGGUGGGGG